AUGUCGUUUAGUUUCGCUUUGCUUUUGUUUGUAGAUGUCAACACCGAAUCAGACUAUAGUCGUAGCCCAAGAGCUUUUGAUGGAGAAACGGCCUCAAAGAGCACAACUGCAGGCCUUGAUAGUGCUGAUUUCGAGGAGACCAAGAGGGAAGUACCAGAGGUGUCUACCGAUUCGGGAAGCACUUCGAGUGUAGAAGUAGUGGGUGCUGAUGGCAGUCGGCCAUCGACGAGUGGGCGUCGGGUGGGAGAGGCUGAAGGAGAUGUCACUGUUGCCGACCCUAGAGAGGGCGUGCUGACGGUGGUAACAGGUCGACAAAGGAUACCGAUGGCGAAGCCAAAGGACCUUGUGUUCGGGGUGGACCAUCUAGAGCCGAACAUCAUGACCAAGGCGGAGGUGGCGAAGAUCCGAGCUCUGUACAACAUACCGGAAUCGGUAAAGAUGCGGAUCCCGGGGCCGUUGGAGUCGCUAAGCAAUCCAAAAGGGGAGGUGGUCUUCUUCACGGAUGUCUUCAAGCACGGGCUUCGGUUGCCGUUGAGGCAUUCGAUGCAGAAGGUCUUGGCGGCGUUUGGUUAUGCCCCGUGGCAAUUUAAUCCAAAUUUAUGGAUUACACUCCUUGGGACGAUCACGGCGUUCGGCAUAGCUGGUGAAGGAGAGCCGAGCUAUGAGAAAUUCGCCCAUCUGUACAGUGUGACGAGGGCCAAGAGCGCCGAUCAAGGGGGGGUGGGUGCAGUCGAACUGCCUGGCGGCAGGGCAGAGAGGGCACUUUGUGGUGGGGGUGCCGAGUUCUCAAAAGACUUGGCGCCGGCAUCGGGUGCUGGUGUCCGGAGCCUAGGAAUCGGCACCUAG